GAGCUGGGGCCGCGGAGCCCGGAGGACCGCGGAGGGAAUGAGCCGGCUCCGCCUCCCCGGGGCGCGCGGGCCAGGCUGCUGAGAAGCCCCGGCGGCGCCCGGAGGAACCGAGCCCUCCCGCCAGCGCACGGAGUGGGAUUCCUUCCGAACGCCUGAGACACCUGUUAACUUUGGAAAAUAGACGCCCCUGGAAAAGGUCGAAGAGAAACCGGUGUCGUUUCCAGUAAAACGGCCUCUGCGAAAUGUACCGAUUGGCAAAUGCAAGAUUAGGGGUUGAGGAGACUGAAGAAGGCUGAUGGGCUGAUGGGCUCAGCUGGUAGGUUCCACUGUCUCACCAUGACCACCGAAAAUCCGACGCCGGGAGACCUGGCUCCGUCCCCCCUCGUCACUUGCAAACUCUGCCUCUGUGAACAGUCCCUGGACAAGAUGACCACACUCCAGGAAUGCCAGUGCCUCUUCUGCACAGAUUGCUUGAAGCAGUACCUGCAGCUGGCAAUCCGAGAGGGAUGCGGGUCUCCCAUCUCUUGCCCCGACACGGUGUGCCUCGGCCGCGGGAUCCUGCAGGAAGCGGAGAUUGCCUGCUUGGUACCUGUGGACCAGUUUCAGCUUUAUCAACGGUUAAAAUUUGAACGAGAAGUUCACCUGGACCCCCAUCGAACAUGGUGUCCUGUCGCAGACUGUCAGACAGUGUGCCCUGUUGCAUCAAGUGACCCGGGACAGCCCGUACUGGUGGAGUGUCCUUCUUGUCACCUGAAAUUCUGCUCAUGUUGCAAGGAUGCUUGGCACGCAGAAGUCUCCUGUAGAGAUAGUCAGCCUGUUGUCCUGCCGACAGAGCACGGGGCCCUCUUUGGGACAGACACAGAAGCCCCCAUUAAGCAAUGCCCUGUUUGUCGGGUUUAUAUCGAACGCAACGAAGGCUGUGCUCAGAUGAUGUGCAAGAAUUGCAAGCACACGUUUUGCUGGUACUGUCUCCAGAACCUGGAUAAUGACAUUUUCCUCAGGCAUUAUGACAAAGGGCCGUGUAGGAAUAAGCUUGGCCACUCGAGAGCCUCAGUGAUGUGGAACCGAACACAGGUGGUGGGGAUUCUGGUGGGAUUGGGCAUCAUCGCCUUGGUGACUUCACCCCUGCUGCUCCUGGCCUCCCCCUGCAUCAUCUGUUGUGUCUGCAAGUCCUGUCGGGGCAAGAAGAAAAAGCACAGCCCAUCCACAACCUAGAGGUCUCUGCUCACGUCCACGUGCCACAGAUGUCUGGGGUUCUAAUGAGAAGCACAGUGAGAAAGCCCCACUUAGUGCACCUGCCUCCUCCUUGCCAACCUUUGAAAGUGCCUGUGUCCAGACUUUGAACUUGCCUUUGGCACCAAGGCCCAGCCCUGAUGCACGUGUUCCCGUGUGAAGAGAACCGGGCUGUGCGGUCUAGGCUGUGUCUGUGGAGCAUGUCGGGAAGCUUUGGGGUUGCUGAGAAGGAAUGGGUUGCUAACCCAUCAUCAUUUUACCCCCCCGGAGGAUCCCACCGGACUGUUUAACUGAUGGCCAGAUUCAAGGAGCCCGAGUGAACCUGUAGUGUAAUAAAUGUGUUGUCGCGGUUGGCCACACACAUCACAACUGAGCACCAGCGUCCGUUCUGUGUCGAUUUGACCACCAAUAGAUACGUGGGAGAGACCCCCCUGGGGGAGGGAAAGAAUAACACCGUUUAAGAGGAGAUUGUUGUAAGAGCUGCAAAGCAGGCUGCUUAGCUCAGGAGUGGGUACUUGGCUUCGGCCUCUGCCAGCCACCGGGUGUGCUGUUGCCGGCAUUCCCACGGUGACUUGGCAGAAACACAAUGGGUUUCUCCUUGUGUGAUCUCAGCUUCCAGCACAAAACUGCUGUGCAGAGGGAGGUGUCUUUUCCCAGUGCGAGGGCUACAGCCUGUAAAACAAUGUGGUCUGAUGGAGCGGCUCUCCCUGGGCAAGUGCAGCUUGGCGAAGGUGAUAGACUCUCCUCCAGCCAGUAGCUGUGGUCUGCAGGAUUGUCUGAUGUGAAAUACGGGUCAAGGGGCAGAGGUUCAAAUCCUUCACCGUAGAUAACAGAGACCUUUCCUGAGCCCUGCGUUCUUGCGCCCAGCACAUUUAGGACUGGACCUGAAAGUCCAUAGCAAGAGUGACUAUCCAAGUCCCAUGUGUACAUCUAGAAAUCCAUAUAAUUUGCCACCUACCUAGACCCUCCGUCCACUGGGCACGUGCGAGUAUUUCCCGUGGUACACACAAAACAAAUGUUUCCUCAAAGCCAUUUUGUCUUUCCUUCUGGGACUAAUACACUUUAUUAGAAAUCAACCUAAUGAUUUUUUUUUUUUUUUGCAUAUUACAUGUGUAAAUUUUGGUUGCAAGUUCCUAACUUAACAAAAGGUAUAGACUCAUAAACCCAACUCUUUUAAAACAACCCUAGCACGGUGUCCUGUCAUGUCAGUGUGUAAAAACACUGAUAAUCAAGCUAGUUACCUAUUUUCAAACGCAGUGCAAGCAGCUCUCAACAAAGUUUAAUAUUGCUCUUGGAAGCCUCUGUUAGGGCGAGCCAGAUACUUCCUGUGUGUACAAGGCACUGAUCAAACAA